CUCGGGAAUCCUUUUCCCGCCCCCCUUUGCCCCCCGCGGAGUGCGCACGCGCCCGCCCCCAGCUUCGCGCCCAGAUCGUCGCCUAGCCUGCUCGCGCAGCCGCUGUCUCGUCUGCCCACCGACGAAGCAUGGGUGUCCAGGGCUUCCAAGAGUUCCUGGAGAAGCGCUGUCCCGGGGCCGUGGUGCCCGUGGACCUCCUCAAACUCGCGCGCACGGUCUCGCGCCAGCAGCAGCAGCAGCACUUGCACCGCCAGCUGCCGCCGACUGCCGCCCUAGCGCCCGGGGCUCCACGCGCCGCCAGGGGCUCUGCGCCUCUGCAACCGCCGCUUCCGCCCGCUGCCUUGGGUGCCUACUCCGGGGGCGCGGGGCCGACUCGGCACCAUCACCCCGCUCACCACUUCCACCAUCACGGCCAGGCGCAGCCCGGGUUGCACCCUCCGCUGCCGCCGCCGCCCCCUCCGCUGCCCGGGGCCCGGGUGCUGGUGGACGCCGGCUCGGCGCUGCCGCGGCUCUAUGGCGGCUACCAGACGGAUUGGGUGUGUGGCGGCCAAUGGAACGCCAUGCUGGGCUACUUGUCAGCGCUGUGCCAGGCUUGUGCCUAUCCUGGCGGCGACGGCCUGGAGCUCGUGGUCAUGUUCCCGGGGGGCCUGGGCAAGGACCGGCUGGCCGAGUGGGGCCGUCGGUGCCAGGCCGAGCGGCAGACAGCGCAACUGAUCGUGGGACACGUGGGCAACAAGGGCACCCCUCCACCGCGGGCCUGGUUCCUGCCACCGGCCUGCCUGAGCCACUGCGUGAGGCUAGCACUCAUCCGCUUCCGGGUCAAGGUCUUUCAGAGCCUUGAAGACCACCAUUUGGAAGUGGUGGCGUUUUUCAGGGAAAAUGGCUUUCAUGGCCUUCUUGCCCAUGACUCCGAGUAUGCUCUCUACAAUAUUCCCUCUUACUACAGUUCCCAUGCUCUGAAACUGAGCUGGAAUGGGAAGAACCUCACUACCAACCAGUUCCUGAUGCAAGAAGUAGCCAAGCAGCUGGGCCUGAAGAGGAUGAAUUUCCCCAUAUUUGCUGCACUGCUAGGUAACCACAUCCUCCCAGAUGAGGACCUGGCUGCUUUUCACUGGAGCCUCUUGGGACCAGAACAUCCUCUUGCAUCACUUAAGGUUCGAGCUCAUCAGCUGGUUCUUCCUCCCUGUGACGUGGUGAUCAAGGCUGUUUCUGAGUAUGUUAGUUCCAUCAAAGAUCCCUCAAACCUGGAUGUAGUUGGGAAGGAUGUUUUCAAACAGUCUCAGUCCAGGACAGAAGAUAAAAUAGAGCGAUUCAAGAAAGCAGUUGAGUACUAUUCCGUCACAACCAAACUCUCUUCACUGCCAGUGGGUCCCUCCUUUCUAGGUUUUCGGAAUAAUAGACUUGGAAAUCCUCCCCUUCCACAAAAUCAAGUGGGCACCAUUUCUCCUGGAAAGCCAAUGUUUUCUCACCAAGUGCCCCAGAAAGUGAAAUAUCCACCACCAUUCCCAGUGGGACCCAGCUCAUCUCUUCUCUUCUCCUCCCAUGCUUUGGGGGAAUCCCAUGCUUUUUCUGAGGAUCCCAUGCUGCAGACCAACCCCUUUGCCAAUUGGGCUGUCUCCUAUGACUCUUCUGCAUCCCAGUUUCCCAAUUACCUGCCUUCUAAAGCCUCACCUCCUUUGGGACCAGACUCUUCCCACUCCUCUUCCUCUGAUGGUGAUGAGCCAAAUGGAGCUAGCUCUGAUCAUAUCACAGAAGCAUUUCAGCACCAGCCUGAGUGGGGAAAUCCCAAUCGUGACAGAGGGUCCUGGGCACAGCCUGUUGAUACUGGAGUUUCAGAAGUGAGCCUAGGUGAUGGUGAGCCCCACAUCCCAUCUCUGCUGUCUAUGUCUACGAGGAACCACAUGGAUAUCACCAUUCCACCCUUACCUCCAGUAGCUCCAGAAGUCUUGCGAGUUGCUGAACACAGACACCGGAGGGGUCUUAUGUACCCAUAUAUCUACCAUGUCCUCACUAAGGGUGAAAUUAAGAUUCCCGUAUGUAUUGAGGAUGAGUGUAACAUGGAGCUGCCUCCAGCUGCUCUCUUAUUCCGGUCAGCUCGUCAAUAUGUAUAUGGAGUUCUUUUUAGUCUGGCAGAGACACAGAGGAAAAUGGAACGCUUGGCCAUGCGACGGCGGCUACCUGUGGAAGUUCCUUCAGUGAUCCUUAAAGAGUGGUCUGCCUAUAAAGGGAAGUCACCUCAAACCCCUGAGCUGGUGUCUGCACUGACAUUUCGGGAAUGGACUUGCCCAAACCUCAAGAAGCUCUGGCUAGGCAAAGCAGUUGAAGACAAGAACAGAAGGAUGCGGGCCUUCCUGGCCUGUAUGAAGUCAGACACUCCCAGUAUGCUCAAUCCAGCUAAUGUCCCCACCCAUCUGCUGCUCAUGUGUUGUGUACUCCGGUACAUGGUUCAGUGGCCUGGUGGCCGAAUCCUGCAUCGCCAUGAGCUAGACACCUUCCUUGCACAGGCAGUGUCUACCCAGCUUUAUGAACCAGAUCGACUCCAAGAACUCAAGAUUGAGAAACUGGAUGCCCGAGGGAUCCAGCUUGCUGCCCUCUUCAUGAGUGGAGUCGACACAGCUCUGUUUGCUAAUGAUGCCUGUGGCCAGCCAGUCCCUUGGGAGCAUUGCUGUCCAUGGAUUUACUUUGAUGGCAAGCUGUUCCAGAGCAAGCUAAUUAAAGCAGGCCGAGAGCGAGUAUCUCUGGUUGAGCUCUGUGAUGGCCAGGCUGACCUGGCAACCAAAGUGGAAAAGAUGAGACAGAGCAUCCUUGAAGGAAUCAACAUGAAUCAUCCACCGCCUUCUGCUCUACUUCCGUCACCUACUUUUGUGCCUCCUAUGGUGCCCUCUCUCUACCCUGUUUCACUUUAUUCCCGAGCUAUGGGCUCCAUGCCACUUCCCCCUCAAGGGAGGAGCCGGGGAUUUGCAGGUCUUCAUCCAAUCCCACCCCAAGGAGGAAAACUGGAGAUUGCUGGAAUGGUUGUGGGCCAGUGGGCUGGCAGCAGAUCCUCCAGGGGCCGAGGAUCCUUCGGCAUGCAAGUGGUUUCUGUCGGUGGGCCAGGAAAGGGGCAUGGAAAAGAACAGACUGGUAGAGGAUCCAAGGGACACAAAAAAGGAAAUAAGCAAGGCUCUUCAGAUGGACUUUCUAAAUCCCUGGAGCUUCAUCAAGGUCGAUCUCGCUCCCAGGUAAAUGGAAACAGUGGCGCAUUGAUCAAGGAAGAGAAGAGUGAUUAUCGUCUUCCAACUCCAUCACAAUGUGCCUUAUCCAGAGACAGCAACGAGUAUAAUAAUGGUAACCGCUACUUCCCUAUGAAGAAUAGGGAGAAGAACCACUUACAAGAGCAAAAGCUAGAAACUGUGGCACAACGGAAAGAGGAUUGACAAGCUGAAGAUGGCUUCACCAAACCAGGAAGAGGGAAAAACUUUUACUUUUCUGAUUUUAGGCCCAAGCUAGAGGAGGAUAUAAAUGCUUACCCUAGAUUUCUCCAGGAUUGUGGUGGGAUGUCCUAUUUUGUCCAUCUUUUCCCCUUCCCUGCCUUUUUCUGGGACUCCAGAUUCAGUGGCUGUUUCUGGAGAAGUUCUGGUCAAAGAUGAAUGGCAGUAAGACUAGCUCCUAGUCUCAAAUUGAAUACAUAGCACCAAUAGUUUAUUUAUCUCCUCUGGGAGCCUAGUAAGGCAGUAGCUGUCAGAAAUUGGGUGUCAUCACAUAAGGUCCUAUAGAAGAGUUCCAGCUUUGGUUUUUCUGAGUAUUUAUAAUGAUACUCAUUAUCACAGACUUAUAUGGCAAACCUAUGAGGUUGUGGCAACAGCUUUGGCUUCCUGAGGUUUUGUUGUUUUUGUUUUUUUUUUUCUAUGAAGUGGUAUCCACCUCUUCUUCACUCCUUCUUCCAACUUACCUACCCCUCGAUUUUGUACCACCACCUCUAGCUUUGGCCUGACAAUCAGAUAGGUAGAUGUCUUCAGAAAAGUAAGGUAGUAUUAUUUUUUUUUAUACACUUCAAAAAAAUUAUCAAUGGCCUUUGUACUGGAGGAUUCAAGUGAAUCAGAAAAGUACUGGGCAGAUUUUUCCUGCCUCUCAACCAGUGCAUUGUUUGUAACAUAGAAGAUGUGGCACAGUUCAUUCACUCCCUACUGCCCACACCAUGAAAGGGUGGGAAUCAGUGUAAUGAACUUGAGUACGAAAGGGACUCAAAAGACUGUGUGUGUGUGUGUGUGUGUGUGUGUGUGUACGCGCACGCGUGUGCGUGUGUGUGUGAAUGUGUGGGUGGGUGUAUAUAUGAAUGUGUGUAUAUGCAUACACAUACCCUUUAUAUAAAGAGACAGAUCUAUUUAUCUAUACAUAUUUUAUAUAUAUGUGUGUGUAUGUGUGUAUAUAUGUGUGUAUAUAUAUACACAUACAUACACGGUGAUGUCCCAGAGGAUUUACUCAAUUUCCCAGAAAUGCUUCCACUGCUAUGGAGUGGAAGGUUUCAAAAGACCACACUUUAAAUCUGAAAUUCUUACUAAGUCACAGCCCAUCACAAUUAUGAGAAGUUGGAUGGGCUUCUCUAAAUCAGACAAAAAGUACUUUCCAGAAAUUGCCUGUUCAGAACAACAAACUCUUGGGUUGUUACAAGCUUUAUCUUGAACAGAGCCCUCACAUCCCAUAUGGUGAAAACAGGAGGUUGGAAUGGGAUUGGGAAGAGUUGGGCAUUUCCUUAUGAAAGUUUGGAGAGAAAAGGGGGGAUGGGAGGUGACUACCAUUUGAAAGGGCUUUCAGCCAAUUUGGAGGAAAUCUCUUCUGGAACUCCAGGGUCAAAUUGGUUUCAGGCUAGAAUUGAUUGACAUGAAUCCCUGAAGGAGAGAGGACUAGCUUUGGAAAGAUAGGGUAGGGAAGUGUGAGGAAACUAUUUGAUUUUACACGCCUAGAUUGUUUCAUUUGUUCAUUGACAUUCUGACUACUGGAUCUUUUCAUUUGCUUUGCAAGGAAGACUUUAGAGGACUCUGGCCUGGGCCUUGAGAAGAAUUCUAUUAAAAGAUUCUCAGCCUCCUGUGUGACCAGGAUCUGCCCAGGAUAAAGAGGCUAUUCCUCCUUGCUGGAGAUAAUCUUGAGACAACCUUGCAUUUCCAGUUUCCCUCCUUGGACAGCCUAAGUAUGAGGGAGGGAAACAUGGCUUGCAAUAAAUUAGCAUUAUGUCUUCAUUCAGGAAUUGAGGCUUCCAGCCUCACAUACCUCCUUUUGGGCUUUGUGAUAUUCUUGCCCAAGAAGUACCAUUUCUACAGAAAUACAACUGACUAAUCUUCUAGCAG